CAUCGAUGAACACAGGUACUUCCGGUUGUUACGGAAGUGGGAUUUCGUACACUCCCAAGCUCCUCCCUCAGCGGCCCGGCAGAGUGACAGGAUGGCCGAGCGGACGGCGCUACUGCUGCUGCUAACCUUGGCAGUGGGACUCGCGGGGGGUUCCCAGGGCGACCGCGAGCCGGUGUACCGCGACUGCGUGAUUCGGUGCGAGGAACGGAACUGUUCGGGGGAUGCACUGAAGCACUUCCGCUCCCGCCAGCCAAUCUACAUGAGCCUAGCCGGCUGGACUUGUCGGGACGACUGCAAGUAUGAGUGUAUGUGGUUCACUGUCGGCCUCUACAUUCAGGAGGGUCACAGAGUGCCUCAGUUUCAUGGCAAGUGGCCCUUCUCCCGGUUCCUGUUCAUCCAAGAGCCAGCUUCUGCCGUGGCCUCGCUGCUCAAUGGCCUGGCCAGCCUGGUGAUGCUCUGCCGCUAUCGCUCCUCUGUGCCAGCCUCCUCCCCCAUGUACCAUACCUGCAUGGCCUUCGCUUGGGUGUCUCUCAAUGCUUGGUUCUGGUCCACAGUCUUCCAUACCAGGGACACUGACCUCACAGAGAAGAUGGACUACUUCUGCGCUACAGCUGUCAUCCUGCAUUCCGUUUACCUGUGCUGUGUCAGGACCGUGGGACUGCAGCACCCUUCUGUGGCCAGUGCCUUUGGCGCCUUGCUGCUGCUGCUGCUGACAGGACACAUCUCCUACCUGAGUCUUGUCCGUUUCGACUAUGGCUACAACAUGAUGGCCAACGUGGCUAUAGGCCUGGUGAACCUGGCGUGGUGGCUGGUCUGGUGCCUGCGGAAUCGCCGGCGCCUCCCUCACACCCGCAGGUGUAUGGUGGUAGUGGUGCUGCUGCAGGGGCUGUCCCUACUGGAGCUACUUGACUUCCCACCCCUCUUCUGGGUCCUGGAUGCCCAUGCCUUGUGGCACGUCAGCACCAUCCCCGUCCACACCCUCUUCUUCAGAUUUCUGGAAGAUGACAGCUUGUACCUACUGAAGGAGUCUGGAGCCAUGUUCAAGUUGGACUAAAGAGGCUGGGAGAGGGUGGAUUCACCUCGGCUGAGGCUUGUCCCUUACCUCCUCGAAAUGACUGUUUUUUUCUCCUUUUAGCUUCUUGAACUUGACCAGGUGGGGUUUGAACUCCUGUAGCUACCUGGCCCUUGCUGGCCCUCGCACGGAACCUGUCUUGGGAGCGGCCUCCUUACAUCUGGGACAGGGAACAGGCAGCUGUCUGGUGCCUGGGGCUAAACUCGAGACUACGUUUUGAGGUCCUCAGAGAGGAGGACUGCUUCUGCACCCUCCCUUUCCACAUCACUCACCCCCAUUGCACCCACACACACACCUCCACUUACCCCCAGAACCACAACCUUUGGGGUUCACUGGGAUCUCUUUUUGUCGGGGCACCACUAGGUGGCACUGGAUACUUGCUUGCCAGAUGCCCAAGUUUCUUUCUGGGUCUGAGGAACUGGGCUGAUGGGGUAGGGGGGGUUUCUUCCCUGCCUCCCACCACCAUUACCGCUACCAGCAAAUCCUGCCUUCAGGGCCAGGACCCCAGAAAGCUCAGGAUCAGAACCCAGUCUGUUGUUCUGACUGGGAGUGGACACACUGACACAGAGGGCUAUGGGCCAAGUCAGGAGCAGAGAGGACCACAGUCAGUGAGCUGGGGGACUGUGCAUGCAGCACGGGCUCAGGGGGCAGGUUUGGGGAAGGUAUGCGUAAGAGAUGAACAUGCACAGGACAUGCUUGUAGGAGGCAGAGGCAGAACAGAACAGAACAGGGAAUCAAGUCAACAGCCACUGGAGCCCCAAGUCAGCCCGGGGCCCCAAGGCCGCCCAGUGCUAGCACAGGCACAUGACCUGAUAGACUUUGGGAUGCUGGGUGUGAGUGUGGGUGCCCGCCCAGCGCCCCUUUGCACUGCACCUAAAUCACACACCUCUCUCUCACACACACACACACACACACACACACACACACACACACGUCUUGAGAGCACCCUGCAGAACUAGCCCCUGGAAGGCACAGAGGGGGAGGGGGAAGUGUCCGCGCCUGAGGCAGGCACUAGUUCUUUAUCUUGGGAUGGUGGGUCUCCCACUCUGUGGAUCGCCCCUUUGUCAGAGCUGGACUCUCCCGGGGCAAUCCCAGGGCAAGCAGGGCCUGUCCAGCCUGUAUCCUGAAGCACCCCACCAGGAAGGCAGUCUGUAGUUGAGCCCUGCCUCUAUUCUCUGCCCCCUCUUUGUGGGGGAGGAUAGCUAUGCCAGGGCUCCAGCUCAGGUUCUUGGGUAGCCUAGUAGGGUUUUGGUUUUGGUUUUGUUUUGUUUUGUUUUGAUACUAAGAACAAUUUUAAGGCCGGAGUUAGGAAAGGAUGUGCUUAAUAAAGCAGUUCCUGGCCUCACU